UCAUCCCACUUGAUGCCUUCCCCUUGUUUUAGUCUCAUAAUAUUCCCAGCUCAAAUUAUUGGUUCCCGUCACCCAGCUUCGACGUGCGACGACCCCGGAAGGUGACACUCUUCCCAUGGCCCCAUGGCAGAGAGCCCGUCCAUACGUUGAAUCGUCGGAGACCGUCGACUAGUGCCAGCCGUCCGAUCAGUGGUUCCCCUCACUCGCUUUUUAAAUCUUUUGCUUCUCCUCCUCCCGCCGCCACGGAGAUGCGGAGUAGGAUAAAAACCUCAUAUUUUUUUUGCGUCCAAAAGCUUCUCCGAAUCCCUUUUCCUCUCACUUUUUCUCAGGGAUAUCGGCGUCUUGAGAUCUCCAAAUCGAGCUCUCGAUCUCGGAUUCUAACACUAAUUUCGUUCGAAUCCCAGUGCUUUACCCAACGAUCUUUUCGGGCAUCAAUUUUGAUUGGUUUGGAUGCUUUUCCUGGAAGAUCCCUCUCUGGGAUAUGAUCUCUGAUUUGAUUUGAGUUUUGAGGGAUUGGUGUUUGAUUUGAGAUCGGGAUCUCGGGAGGGAUGGAAGUGGUGGCGAAGCUGAAGCGGGAGAUCUCGAGGCAGUUAUCGGGGGGGUCGCUGAGGAAGAGCGGGAGGUUCAGCCUCCGGCGGCAGGCGUCGCUGGAUCUAAGGCUGGGAAAUGCGAGCCGGUUCGCCUUCGGGCGGCAGUCGUCGCUCGACCCCAACCGCCGGAGUCCGGUGAAGGAGCUCUCGGUGCCGGAGAAUCUGGACUCCACCAUGCAGCUCCUCUUCAUGGCCUGCCGAGGCGACGCGAAGGGGGUUGAAAACCUCCUCAAGGAGGGGGUUGAUGUCAAUAGCAUAGAUUUGGAUGGGCGGACCGCGCUCCAUAUUGUGGCGUGCGAGGGGCACGUUGAUGUUGCCAGGCUUUUGCUCAGCUGGAAGGCCAGUAUCGAUGCCCGGGAUCGGUGGGGAAGCACGCCGGCUUUGGAUGCAAAGUUCUAUGGCAAUGUCGAGGUCUUUAAUCUCUUACGAGCUAGAGGAGCCAAAGUUCCGAAAACUGGAAAGACUCCCAUGACUGUGUCAAAUCCCCAAGAUGUUCCAGAGUAUGAGCUGAACCCGUUUGAGCUUGAGUUUCGGAGAGGCGACGAGCUUUUAGAGGGCACGUAUCAAGUAGCUAAAUGGAAUGGAACGAAGGUUUCUGUGAAGAUACUUGGGAAGGAAAGCUAUUCAGAUCCAGAUAGCAUAAAUGCUUUCAAGCAUGAGUUGACUCUAUUACAGAAGGUUCGGCAUCCAAAUGUGGUUCAGUUUGUUGGAGCUGUAACCCAACAUGUACCUAUGAUGAUUGUUUCAGAGUACCAUCCAUUAGGUGAUCUAGGAACCUAUCUUCAAAAGAAGAGACGUCUAAAGAUCCAUAAAGCACUUAGAUAUGCCCUUGAUAUUGCCAGGGGCAUAAAUUAUCUUCAUGAGUGCAAACCAGACCCAAUUAUCCAUUGUGAUUUAAAGCCAAAUGCCAGAAAUAUUUUGCUGGAUAAUGGUGGCCAGUUGAAGGUGGCGGGAUUUGGCUUGAUUGAGAUAGUAAGAGUAUCACCAGACAAAUUUAAAUUAACACAUCCGGUGGCUCAUAUUGACAGUUUGUAUAUGGCACCUGAGAUUUACAAGAAUGAAUUAUUCGAUAGAGAUGUUGAUGCAUUUUCUUUCAGUCUAAUUCUUUAUGAGAUGACAGAAGGAGCACCAGCUUUCCAUCCCAAGGCUCCUGAAGAUGCUGCUAAAAUGAUUUGCUUGGAAGGAAUGAGACCACCAUUUAAGAACAAGUCUAAAAGUUGUCCUCCUGAUCUAAAGGAGUUGAUUGAACAGUGUUGGCAUCCACAGCCCACCGUAAGGCCAACAUUCUCAGAGAUAAUUCUGCGACUGGACAAACUAUAUACUAACUGUGCCAAGAAGAACCAAUGGAAAGGCAACUUUAAGCUUCCUUGGAAAUAAUGUGGAGACAAGUUUGUUCUCAUGAAAUAGUCGCUGAUAUUGGUGUAUAAUUACUAAGAUAUAAAUGCUUUCAUCUAUGAAUACUCAAAUAAUAGACAGAUGGCCUUCUGGUUAAGAAACAAGAACAAUUCCUUUUUUAUACAAACAGAUUGUGUAUAAGCAAACCUCUGUCAUAAGAGCUUCCUGUUGCAAAUGUACUAUUAUUUCCUCUUUCUUUUUCUUUUUCUUUUUCUUUUUUUUUGACUCAAAAUUGUUUGAAAUCUUUUUUUUCCAACCAUCUUUGCGUCUUGUGGUCUUAUGAGCCUCCACUAGAUUAGCUAAUGAGCAAAAUAAACUCGUUUUGAGUAUUAUUAGGCUGGUAACUGAUAGAACAUCUACGAGGCACCUUUUACUGGAGGAUAGAACUAGAUUGACAGCUGGGAAGUUUGAGAGUUUGCAGACAUGUAUUAGGUCAAGGUCCAAGCUUUGUCUUUGGGCACUUUUUUGAAGUGGUUUUGGAUUGCUCAAAGCUUUGCCUGGAGACAUUUUUUAGAUACUCCCAUUUGUAAUAAAUUCACUUACCGGUCUUCUUGGAUUAGUUCAUGUGCCCAAAGCUACUUAUAGUUUAACCUGCUUUACUGGUAAAUUGUGAUCUUAAUACUCAGUUGCAAUGAAAGUGCCAGUAUCUCCCA